ACCAAACGGGCCCAAGGUUCCCAUUCGCACUCGCACCACUCUCUCAGUCAUCGUGCCGUCAGUCUCUCCUAGCCACCGUUCGCGCCGCCGCCGUUCCCUCUCUCACUCUUAGUCACCGGUUGCCGCUCGCUGACCAACCUGCGUUUCUCUGGAUCUCAAUUAACCCACUUGUCUUAGUUUGCUGGAGUAGCUUGUGCAGAUAUUGGCAGUAGUAGCUUUGGUAUUUGCAUUUCAUUUAAAUGGGUUGGAAGGCUGCUGAAAAGCUUAUUAGGCACUGGAAAAUUCUUAGAGGAGAUAAUGUGAUGAUCAUUAGAGGCAAGGAUAAAGGAGAAACUGGUGUAAUUAAGCGUGUUAUUCGCACUCAAAAUCGUGUUAUUGUUGAGGGAAAAAAUCUGGUGAAAAAACACAUUAAACAAGGACAAGGUCAUGAAGGUGGAAUCUUUACAGUUGAAGCUCCCCUCCAUGUGUCGAAUGUCCAAGUUAUUGAUCCAGUAACAGGGAAGCCUUGUAAGGUUGGUUAUAGAUAUCUUGAAGAUGGUUCUAAGGUACGAGUUUCAAGAGGAUUGGAAGCCUCUGGAUCUAUAAUUCCUCGUCCGGAGAUCUUAAAGAUAAGGACUAGCCCGAGACCUACAGUUGCUGGCCCCAAGGAUACUCCAAUGGAUGUGGUGCUGGAGAAAACUUAUGAUCCUAAAACAGGGAAGGGCAUGCCUGAACUUUAAAGGAUACUUUCUCUUCAAUUUGGUAGACAUGGUUGUACUAGGUUGGAAAAUGAUUUCAGGAUCUGAGGAUAAUAUCUUUGUUGUAAUGGGUGGCAACUUGUAUUUCAUUCUCCUUUGUCAUUCUACUAUAAUUUUAGAUUAAUAUUUUGUAAGGUAUCCCUUGCUACUUUUAGUAUUGAUAUGGAAGAGUUGGCCUGAAGCUACAAUAUCCUUUGAGUA